AAAGUAGCGACGGCGGCGGGGCGGGUUACAAUGUAGCAGGGCGCGGCCAUCAGGCCUGGGUCUCGUACUGCUGCUCAGGAGGUGAAUAAAAGAUGCUUUUUUCCACAGUCCAGAGGAGAGCUGCUGGGAAGAGGGGGGGAUGUGGCGAGCCCGGGACUGGGCACUCAUCCCGGCCCCACAGGUGGAAUGCUAUGGAAUAUGAUGAGAAGCUGGCCCGGUUCCGGCAGGCCCACCUCAACCCCUUCAACAAGCAGCUUGCGCCGAGGCAGCAUGAGCAAGAGCCCGGUGAGGAGGCCCCGCGUGUCACUUCUGAAGAGGCCCUGCCUGAGUUGUGCCCUGGGGAGCUGGAGUUCCACUGCACCGAGCGUGUGAUGGAUCUUGGCCUGUCUGAGGACCACUUCUCCCGCCCUGUGGGUCUGUUCCUGGCCUCCGACAUCCAGCAGCUGCAGCAGGCAAUCGAGGAAUGCAAACAGGUGAUUCUGGAGCUGCCUGAGCAGUCGGAGAAGCAGAAAGAUGCCGUGGUGAGGCUCAUCCACCUCCGGCUGAAGCUCCAGGAGCUGAAGGACCCCAAUGAAGAUGAGCCCAACGUCCGUGUCCUCCUAGAGCAUCGCUUCUACAAGGAGAAGAGCAAGAGUGUCAAGCAAACCUGUGACAAGUGCAACACCAUCAUCUGGGGGCUCAUCCAGACCUGGUACACCUGCACAGGGUGUUACUACCGCUGCCACAGCAAGUGCUUGAACCUCGUCUCCAAGCCCUGUGUGAGCUCCAAAGUCAGCCACCAAGCUGAGUAUGAGCUGAACAUCUGCCCUGAGACAGGGCUGGACAGCCAGGAUUACCGCUGUGCUGAGUGCCGGGUGCCCAUCUCACUGCGGGGCGUGCCCAGCGAGGCCCGGCAGUGUGACUACACCGGCCAGUACUACUGUAGCCACUGUCACUGGAAUGACCUGGCUGUCAUCCCUGCACGUGUUGUGCACAACUGGGACUUUGAGCCUCGCAAGGUGUCUCGCAGCAGCAUGCGCUACCUGGCGCUGAUGGUGUCACGGCCAGUGCUCAGGCUCCGAGAGAUCAAUCCUCUGCUGUUCAACUAUGUGGAGGAGCUGGUGGAGAUCCGGAAGCUGCGCCAGGACAUCCUUCGCAUGAAGCCGUACUUCAUCACCUGCAGGGAAGCCAUGGAGGCACGUCUGCUGCUGCAGCUCCAGGACCGGCAGCAUUUCGUGGAGAACGACGAGAUGUACUCCAUCCAGGAUCUCCUGGACGUGCACAUGGGCCGCCUCGGCUGUUCGCUCACUGAGACCCACACGCUCUUCGCCAAGCACAUCAAGCUGGACUGUGAGCGGUGCCAGGCCAAGGGCUUCGUGUGUGAGCUCUGCAGAGAGGGCGACGUGCUGUUCCCGUUUGACAGCCACACGUCCGUGUGCAGCGACUGCUCGGCUGUCUUCCACAGGGACUGUUACUACGACAACUCGACCACGUGCCCCAGGUGUGCCCGGCUCACCUUGAGGAAGCAGUCACUCUUCCAGGAGACUGGUCCAGAUGUGGACGCCUAGGGUGCUGGGGGAAAGCACUGAGUGCUGCCUGGCCCAUCUGGCGCCUGCCCUGCUGGUCAUUGCCAAAGUCAAGGUAUUCAUUCUACUCUGGAGACCACCAGGGUGCUGCCCCUGGACCCCUCCACCCCUGCUGGGCGAGGGGGUGAGCCCACGAGGAUGAUCUCCCAGGUGCUUUCCCAGACUCAUGGUGGCCACACCUGGCUGUACCUGGUUUGCUGCUGUGAGGGGUCAUGGUGUGGCCCCCGCUCUCCGCCACUACAGGACUCCCUGGGGCCCACCCCAGAAGCUGGUCAGGAUAGGCUGGCUAUAGACUCCCAGCUCCAGCACAGCUUUAUCUGCAGAGAUGGUCUGGGUUCUGCUCGGAUGUGCUCACCCCAGCUGCUUGUCUCUUCAGGGGCUUCUGGCUGUCCCUGGCUGGGGCUGUCCAUGGUCUCUUCUGAAUCUGUCUUGGGCAGUCCUUCCAGGAGGGUUACCAUCCUCUCUGUACAGCCAGGAGAGAUAGGGGUGUGGAGCUUUCUGCAGCUGCUCCUGCCUUGGUCCAUCCCCUGUCAUCCUGGUGCUCUGAGCUGGGUGGCUGGGGGUCCAGCCUGAGGAGGAUGUCUUGGCUUCCAGCUGUGAAGCAGGGACAGUGCCCGCUGGUUACAGUGGGUCUGGGUGGCAUUUCUUUGCCCCUGAGGGACUCUGUCAUGCUGCCACAGGCCUAUGGAGGGUCCAAAUGGCUUGAGGUGACUGACCAGGGGUCUUUUGUUUGGGGGCUGCGGUCAUUUGCCCGAGGGAGCCCUGGGCAGGAUGAUGGGGCAGGGGUGUGGGAGGUCCUGCACUCAUGACAAUGGCCCCUGGAUGGCAGAUGAGACCUACAGUCACCACUGGCCUAGGUGUUUGCACUUUAUGGAUCCUGCGGUCAGGGGCCACAGGAGGGGACGUUUCAGGAUGCAGCUUCCCAGUCUUUGGCCCCAGGAGGCGGUGCUGCUUGCCUCUGCCCUUUUCCUGCCCUGGACUGUGCUUGGCUGUUGUGCACAUGGUUGACACACGGGGAGCGGGCAGGGCACAUGGCUGCGUGGAUGUCUGUCACCUUUGACCAGGAAGCCUGAGGGGAGAUACCUCAGCCAGCAGGAAGGUCAGCUUAGCUCACCGGCCAUUCAAGGGGUGAAAAAAGAGAGCGUCUCCCCUCCCUGGCCCUCUGGCCAUCAGGAAAGGGGUGGUGCCAUCUUGCCCCACAUGGGGGCUUCAGGCAAGUACUGUCUCCUCUGUCUCAGUCUCCCUAUCUGGAAAAUGGGGAGCAACCUCAGGGAGCAAUGUGAGAAGGGAGCACUGUGGUGUCCUUGAGAGACUGGUGUGGGACUGGGCCAACAGCAGAUCCCGUCCUGCUCCCCUUCCUCUGUGGGGCUGAACAGGGGUAAAGGUCAAAUGCCGUUUUUCUGCACCCCUCAAUCUGCACAUCUAUCAACACCACAUCACAUUCUGUCAUGGGGAUAUUGGCCAUUCCUGAGUCUCCUAUGUAAUCAGCAUCACAUUAUUCCAGUUACAAAUCACUGUGUCCAUAGAAAAUGUUAGUGUGCUGGCAUUUGUUGGACAAAGGGUUGGGUCCCUUUUUUUUUUUUUUAACCUCCCACCCAUACUUCCUCCCCCAACAUUGUCCACCUGCCCCUUAUAGAUGACAAACUCUUUAAACAGAAUCAUGUGCGGGUCUUUCUGUGAGUCCACAGCAUCAUAGGAAGAACUCAGCAAGGAACCGAUUUACAUGGCCAGCGCCUUACAGAAGAGACCCUGAAGUUGGCCCCUCAUGGGACCAGGCUGGCCCGAGGGAUGCCCAGUUGCAACAAGGCUACUGUCACUGUCAUUAAAUAUGCAUUCUCUA